AUGGACUCCUUAUCGACACGAAGCAAGCUUCUUCAUUGGGGUCUUGUUGUUGAUUCCACUUGUGUUCUGUGUCAGAAGGAGGCGGAGACCAUUGACCAUCUCUUCUUUCAUUGUGACUUCUCGGCUGCAAUCUGGAGGAAGGUUCUGGGGUUAAACGGUUUUGAGAGGGAUCCUUUGGCUACAUGGAAGGAGGAGAUCCAGUGGUUGACGUUGCACUUUGGGGGGAACACUCUUGUUUCAAGUGUUAGAAAGUUUUCCUUUGUGGCGACGGUUUAUCGUAUUUGGCUGGAGCGAAAUACUAGAGUUCAUCAACAAGUGUCUUUAACCUCAGAUUCGGUAUUGCACCAAAUUGUCAUGGACACAAGGCUGCGUUUCUCUGAGGUUGAUGGUGGUGUGAUGGACAGCAGUAGCAACAGAGGUUUUUUCAGUCGAUAG